AUGUGGCUUAUUGAGAGGGUGCUCGUCCUCGAUAAGUCACAAAAUAUAUUAAAGAUGAUGUUUUUGCCACUACUUAGAGACUUUGACCGUAUCCAGGAGUACAACUGGGGUGGUGCCACAUUGGCAUGUUUGUACAGGAUGUUGUAUCGGGCAACCAAGGCUGAUACAAAGGAGAUAGCUGGCCCACUUGUGCUAUUACAAUUCAUAUGGGAGCCUUACAGGACGGAGGAUGACAUCAUGACCAGCUUCCCAUCGUAUUGUACCGUUGGUCGAGACAUAUGGAUGGCACAAGUGCCACUUAUAUGCUUCGAUAUCAUUGACUGGCAUCUCCCCGACCGGUACUUAGUAAUCCGAGUGACAUUGCUGCCUUUGGAUACCCAAGGCGUUGGGGGUAGUUUAGAGGGAUUGGUUCGUAGAGUUGCGAGGGCAUAUCACAUGGCAGACGCUGCCCAUAUUACACGCGAUGGUAGAGAGGGAUUGGAUGCCAUUGCCGAGAUACGGGAGUUAUUGUACGAUGGUUUGCAACAGGCACACCGACGUGACCGACUAGAUUUCGGUCACUUUGGCGAGGAUCCUUAUAUGGGGGUAGAUAUUACAGUGACAUCAAUGCCGCACCCGAAUAUGCCAUCCAUUAAGCCAUCGACAUCAAUGCCAUCGACAUCAAUGCCUCCACCGCAUCCUACUGCACGUCAUGCACAUCAAUCAGACUAUUUCAAUAUGGAACACUUUGGUGAGAGGCCUUCCAUGGGCCUGUCCCCUCAUGGUCCAUCUGCAGCAAUGCAUACACAGCAGACUUCCCCACCUGAAUGUACUAAUUACACAUCCCAGUUUGCCACUCAGGUAGAUCCUCUAAUGUCUGAACAUACUUCCACACACCAUGGCCAUAUAUUGGACCCCUCCUGGUCACCACCCCUAUAUAGGACAGCGGUUGGUACCCCGGUGACUCUCUUAGCACCACUGUCUACUACAUGUCUGUUUACUAUGAUUCCCUCUGCGUCGACAUUGACCACACCCGACCCUUUUACAGUACCAUCAUCUCCUACCCCACCAUCAUUUCCUACACCACAUAUGACCUUCACCUACCAUGUUGAUCCACUCAUUACCCAUGACCUCCACAUUGACGGGGAGGGGGAGGGCCAGGUCCAUGCACCUACCAGAGGGACAGGUAGGGGUAGAGGUUGUGGCGGCCGUCGUGGUGUAAGUAGAGGCCGAGGGCGAGGGCGACGCCAAGCAAUAGACCAUGACAAUAAUGCAGCGGAUGAUGGCGUUUCACAGCUUAGUGCCGUAUGUGAAGGUGUGCCGGAGGUGGUAUCAAAUGAUUGUACUGCAGCCAUUGGUGAUGUGUAGCUAGCUUCUACAGAAGCGGGCGAGGGAGUCGUACGUGCAACAGCGCAAGAUAUACAGAGAGUAUAUAGUACGAGACCCAGGAGACAAACCCAUGGAAGGGGUUGUGGAACAGGGGGAAAAUUAGGACAUUAGGAACAACCAACAUUGGUAAGUAUAUUCAAACAUUAUCUUCAGGUGGUGUUUUCACUUGGAUUAGUCUACAUUGUUUAAGUUGUGGCUUAUUAUAUAGUUCUGGCUUUUGGCUUAUCUUAUCUUGUAAUUGUGGCUUAUUUUAUAAGAUUCUA